CACGGAGCCGCCGCAGCAGCCUCAGCAGGCCGCCAGGUGGCGGCAGCGGACCGCCGCUUCUUCUACUGCGAGCUGCGCCUCGCAGCCGAAGGAGGAACGGAGGAGGAGCGCUGUCAUGGCGGCCAAGGUGGUGAUGCUGGCCGUCCCGGCGGUGAUGGGCGUAGCCUCCAUCCGGGUGUAUACUGUGCGCGAGGUAACCAGCAACGGACUGGUCGCUCGAGAAAAGCUGAACAUCUACAGCCCGCUGCCGCAGUCGGACCCGGCCUGGUUUGUUCCAGAGAGGCCGGGGGUCAUUCAGCGUGGGUUAACUACGACAAGAGAGCGCCUGCUACCAUUCGUCCUGGCUGUUAAGGGUGCUUGUGUCGCUGUCAAAACAAGAAGCCUUAACAUGUACUAUGCAGGAGAAGACGUGUACUAUUACCUAAAAGACCCUCCGCCGGGUUUCUUACCCAGAUUUGGAACGGUCACCAUGAGCGGCCUGCUUGGCAUGUUCUUGACACGGAAAGGCUCUCAUUUCAAGAGGUUGGCCGUUCCACUGGGCCUGAUGAGCGCAGGAGCUUCAGUGUGCUUCCCGUCUACAACGGUGGCUGUGCUGAAGGUGACUGGUAAGCAGGUGUACGCUGCCGGGCAGUGGAGCAGCGCUGCAGUGUCUUCACUGCUCACCUCCAAGUCCCAGGAGCCCGACAUCAGCGGGACGGCUGCUUCACAACCACAGAUGGCUGCAGUGUUUGACGAGGCCUCGGAGCCCAGCGCUGCCUCGGGCAGCUCGGCCCCGAGCGCUGCAGACCCGGAGACGGAGGGCGAAUCAGCUGCCUCUGUUCCCGUGUCUGUGGAGUCGGCUGUCGCUGUGACAACAGAGGAGUCGGUACAACUGCUAGUGAGCGACCCCGACCUGACCCCAGCAGAGACCAACACAGAUCCAGUGCCAGCAGAGACAACCUCUGAAGAAAUAUGUGCAUCUGUCAAAAGCCAGGAGCCCUCAGACAUGCAACAAGCAGCACAGGACUCCAUGGACACCAGCCCAGCGAGGCCCACAGCAAGCUUCGAACCAGAGACGUUAAAGGCUUCUCCAGUGGAGGCCGCCCCAGCAGUGGACCCUAUCCAAGUGGAUUUUGUCCCAGUAGAGGCCGCCCUAGUGGAGGAGGCUCCAGAAGUUGGUUCCAGUCCAUCUACUGAGGAACUGCCAGCUCCAAAGGCCUUAAAUGAGCCACCAGUGGCAAUGCUUGAAUUGGCGGAAUCUGAACCUUCUGUUAAACCUGACUUUACUGACCCACAACAAGUUGCUGCUGUGGAGGAGACACUCCCGCCACCUCAACAGCCAGCACCAGAAAACGCCAAAGGGGGCGCCGGUUUCACAGCGGACCCCGCUCUGAUGGAUUUUGGCCAAUCUACCCCCGAGGAUGAAGACCUGUACAGCACACGCAGCUGAGCGGCCACAGGAGAAGGCUCGUUCCCACGCUGCCGUCUCACAUCUCCUCCCGGUCAGCAGACCCUCAGUACUGUCAUGCCGUGUAAAUGGGUCAUUGUGCAAGAGUUGGGAAGUUUUUUAUCACGUUUCCAUUCUCUUUUCUUCGGCCCCCAUCAUUUAUAUUUACACUCUUACGGUCCAGGUAUGUCUGCUUUUUAGAACAAAAAGCAGCAAUUCACCUACUAACAACUCCGAGUCCAAUGAAGAAGGAAAGCUACAUGGAAAGAAUCUCACCAACAACCGUUUACAAGUCUUUUCAUCCAGAUUGUGAAUUGUUCUCUCGGAAUGCGUCAUUGGAUAACUUUGGGCCUUUUUGCAACAACUUUUGGUGCAUGGAGCUUUUAUUUUCCAUGAUUUAUCCCACUGCGUAGGUGUGCUGAGAUUACUGCACAUGCGCUGUUAAUGAUUACAAGAUGUACCGUGCUGUUCCAUUGAAUAACAUCGAAAAUUGUCCAGUUGUUUAAAACCAAAAAUAAAUCUAUAUUUUUCAUGA